AUGGGCCAGAAGACGUCCUUCUCCGACAAAGAUGGCAACUCGGUCGACCAACUGAACGCUCGCCUCCAAAGCAACAUAAAAUCCCCCAUGGAGCUAUUGGAACUGAACCUGAUAGUGGUCGCCAUCGGCGUCUUCAUGCUCCUCGGCGCCUUCAUGCUCCUCGGCGCUUUGAUCAACUCUUUCCUUCAUCUACGACUGGAAGCUCGCGCUCGUGGCCUUUUCAACGCCAUGAACGAAACUGUGUUUCGCGAGUCCUCAAAGACCGGCGCCGAGUCCAUCAGCGCUUUUAUGACUGUCACGGCGCUGGUUAUGGCGGAGAACAUCCGCUCCCGUUACGAAUCCUUGCUCCAAUACAACGUCGUGUUAUAUCUCUGUUUAAGGAGACUGCAAUAUUUGGUGAUUGAGACUUGUUAUUGA